GCGCUACGUCAGGCUCGGCUCAGGGUCGAAUGAAUCAAAAUAAAAGAAACAAAGAUCGGACCCUGUCAUGGGGCCGAGUCGGAACUUUGAUGCGGCACUGGGAGACUGGAACUGAUCCCCAGAUUGUCCUUUUCCCCCGCAAAUGUUGCUUGUAUACUGCGGUUACCCGGCUUCGGCUUUUUUGGGUUUUGGAUACACGCUUGGAAUUCCUGCUCAUACCCCAUUCCUACAAUGCUCAUCUGGACUCCCAAGAGUGGCGCUGCUGAAGCUACGCUCUGCCGUUGGUCAUCCGCGCAUGCCUUGCGAUUAUAUACGCUAUUAUCAUUUAAUAUUACAUACGCUCUGCUCUCCGCGCCCUGUCCCACCAGCUAAUCCAAUCACCACUCCAUGCCCCUCCUCGCCAGUGUUUACAUAUAAAGGCCCUAGUUUUCCCGCUUGAUAGGCCAACUUUUAUAGAUCCCAAAGUUAACUACAUAGUUACUACCAAAGUAUUGAACCCUGUUUGAAAAAAAUAAAGAAAUGGCCCAAACAUACAAAGAAAUCUCCGUGAUCGCGCGGAAGCGGCGAGAUGACCUGCUCGCUGCUUUCUUCCCGAUCCCUGAUAUUGUGGAGGAGACGCUUCCCCAGGACCUGAGAUCGUACCCAAAGACCUCGGGGCUCCUAUCGCCAGAGGAAUUAGAUAUCAUCGAUACCGACUCCGAGACGCUGCUUCAAAAAAUAAGGGAUAGAAAGCUGACCUCAGUCGACGUAACAAAGGCUUUCUGCAAGGCGACUGUGAUUGCCCAAAAGCUUACAAACUGCGUUACUGAAGUCCUGUUCAAUGAAGGCCUUGAGAGGGCCAGGUAUCUCGAUGAAUACAUAGAACGGACUGGAUCCGUCAUCGGCCCACUGCACGGAUUACCGGUGUCUCUAAAGGACAGUUUUAUAACCCCCCCUCAUCCUUCAUCAAUCGGUAUGGCGGUGCAUGCCAACGCUCCCACCGAGAAGGACGCCGUCCUCGUAUCCAUGCUCAGAAACCUAGGUGCAGUCCUUUAUGUGAAAACCAACAUCCCUACAGCAAUGAUGAUGGCAGAAACUACAAAUCGGAUCUGGGGCGAGACCAGAAACCCAGUCCACAAGGAGCUUACUCCGGGGGGAUCCAGUGGCGGUGAGGGAGCUCUUGUUGCCAUGAAAGCAUCACCUCUGGGUAUUGGAACGGAUAUUGCGGGUAGCAUCCGCAUCCCAAGCGCCUUCUGCCAGCUGUACGGCCUGAAGCCAUCAUUUGGGCGCUUCUCAACUGCAGGAGGGAAGCCCAGUAUAGCUGGCCAGGACUUCAUAUAUGCCAUUUGUGGGCCGAUGUGCCCUUCUAUCGGCGCUGUCAAGCUGUUUUGUGAAUCCGUUCUAUCUAAGACCGCUGCGCCCUGGAACUUGGACCCCAAGAUCAUACCCAUGCCAUGGAGAAGGGACGUUAUUCAGCCAAAAGGGCGCAAACUGCGAUUUGGCAUUCUGGGACCUAGCGACGGGACAAUCACCUGCCAUCCGCCAGUAGAGCGCGCUUUGAAGACCGUUGCCAAUGCCUUAAAGGCUGCUGGACAUGAUGUGAUUACCUGGGAACCAAUUGACCACAAGGAGAUCGUCGAUCUGCUCAACGAAUCCUUUGACGAAUUGGGGUCUGACGCUAUCAUCCCGGUAUUGGAGGAAUACAAGGAACCCUUAUUUGGUUCCAUGGAGAGAGCUUUCAGCGCGUGCAAGAACAGGACCAGCAAGUUCGAUCCGGCGAAACUGCGGCAAAUGAUCGUGAAACGAAACCAGCUCCAAGCUGCUUACCUCGAGCGGUGGAUGGCAACGAAGACAGAUACUGACGGGCCCAUGGACGCCAUUAUCGCCCCUGUUGCGCCCACGGGUGCGCCCCGCCUAGGCCAGGGAGAGACAGUGGAUUAUGUCGGAUUUACUGCGUUCGCGAAUUUGCUGGAUUAUUCCGCUUGCACGUUCCCGGUGACUUAUGCAGACAAGUCGAUCGAUAUCCCCCGCGGUGACGGGUGGGUGCCGCUGAAUCCAAAGGAUGAAAUGAUACAGAAGGAUUACGUUCCUGAAUUCUACCAUGGAGGACCUGUUUCGCUGCAACUGGUCGGGAAGAGACUGGAGGAGGAAAAAGUGGUUGAGAUGGUUGAAGUUGUGGCGGAUGUCCUGAAGUAUGAAGUGGCACAAUAUAAUUAAGCUGCACAUUUCCUAUAGUUAGAGCAAAGAUGCAUGAUCAGAUUAUCUACAAAGUAAUAAGAACAUGAUUUUCGGGAUUUUCACCCAACAACA